AUGCAACUCCCUCAAGGCUUCCACAACAAAGGGGGGAAUGUUGUUUGCAAAUUGAACAAGUCUUUAUAUGGGCUUAAACAGGCUUCAAGGCAAUGGAAUGCAAAAUUUUGUUCUGUCAUUAAGCAUCAUGGUUUCAAACAAUGCAAAGCUGACUACUCUUUGUUCACAAAGAAGUUCAAUGAUUCCUUAAUAGCUUUGCUGGUUUAUGUUGAUGAUAUUCUCAUAGCCAGCAAUAAUGUUCAAGCAGUUGAGGAGCUUAAGACUUCUCUGAAUCAACACUUCAAACUUAAAGAUCUUGGAGGCUUGAAGUAUUUUCUUGGACUUGAAAUAGCUAGAUCAAACAAGGGUAUCACUUUGUGUCAAAGAAAAUAUGCUUUGGAAGUCUUGAAGGAUGCUGGAAUGUCAGCUUGUAAGCCUAGCAAGGUGCCAAUGGAGCAGAAUUUGAAGCUAAGCAAGUUUCAAGGAAAGUUGCUAGCUAAUCCGGGAGACUAUAGAAGGUUGGUGGGCAGGUUACUUUAUCUGACUAUCACUAGGCCAAAGAUAGCUUAUCCUGUUCAUAAACUUAGUCAGUUCAUGUCAAAACCCAGGAAACCUCACUUAGAUUCUGCAUAUAAAGUGUUACAAUAUAUCAAAAGUUGUCCUGGUCAAGGUGUUUUCUUGUCAGCUGCAUCAGAAUUUCAUUUGAAGGCCUACACAGAUGCUGAUUGGGCCUCUUGCAUUGAUACCAGGAGAUCAACCACAGGUUACUGCAUUUUUUUGGGUGAUUCUCUCAUAUCAUGGAAGUCCAAGAAACAAUCCAUAGUAUCUAGAUCUUCUGUUGAAGCAGAAUACAGGGCAAUGGCUGUUACCGUUUGUGAGUUGACUUGGCUAUUAGCAUUGUUGAAAGAUUUGGAGAUUCAUCAUCCUCAACCUACUCUAUUAUUUUGUGAUAACCAAGCUGCAAUUUAUAUUGGGGAAAACCCAGUGUUUCAUGAGAGGACCAAGCAUAUAGAGGUAGACUGUCAUGUAGUAAGAGAUAAGGUGCAAGACAAUAUUGUUAGGUUGCUCUUUACUCCUUCACAUUCUCAGUUGGCUGAUCUACUUACAAAAGCUCUCAACAGUCAACAAUUGAGGUACUUGUUAGGCAAGAUGAGUAUAAUGAACAUACAUAGUUCAGCUUCUCAUCUUGAGGGGGAAUGUCAAAAUUUGGAUAAAAGUAUUAAGAAGAACAAGAAAAAGAAGACAGAUGCAAGCAUUGAUGAAAAGGAUGUUUGA